AUUGAGAGUGCUCUUAAGGCCAAUCAUCGCGUCAACUUGAAAGAACUCGAAAUUUGAAUUUUAGGCCAUCCCCUGCACGUGCCUGCAAUAAAACGUGAAACUUGGACUGAUCUUGUUCUGCAAUCACUUGUUUCCCUCCCAAAAAGAACGAUUAGACUAGUAGUGCACUCUUUCAUGAAUCAGAGGCUAUCUUGAGGAACUCUUUGUUCUAAAAAUGGCCAACUUCUGCUGUUUAGCAUGGCGCAGGCACCAGAUUGCUUUUGGAGCGGGAUUGUUGCGAACAAAUGCUGAAACGAAUCACUGUCGUUUCAAAUCGAUGGAAACUUAGCACCUAUUACUCAGAGGUUUUCUUAUCCUUACCCUCCUCCUCCCAUCCUCACAAUUCCCCUGAUGCCUAAUGUCAAGUACACUGUUGACGAUGUUAACCCCAUGAUUUCCUAUGAGCCUUCUUCGGCGUGGCUACCCGGGAAUAAGACUGCAGACCCGGAGGCAUCAAACUAUUCGAAUAAUGGCACAUUUACCGUUUGCCAACAAAAUGGCGCGACGGCCACGUUCAAUUUUAAUGGAACGGGGGUAGCAAUCUAUGGGGCGAAGCGAUCAAACCAUGGAUUUUAUUCCGCAACACUGGACGGUGUUAUAAAUCUGUUUGACGGUCACUCUCCGAAUAGUAUUUACAACCAGUCAUUGUUCGAAGCCUCUUCGCUUCAAGAUGGUCCCCAUACUCCGAUUCUUACCAACACGGAAACUUCCAAUGACUCCAAUUACCUCGAUGUCGACUAUGUCAUAUGGACCGUCUCCAUUGGAGAAGACUUCGCCCCUCCCACAACAACAUACCAAGAUGGUGAUCCGAGUUUCUCUUAUGAACCAUCCGAUGCCUGGUCUACACAGACCAAUCUGCUUGGAUUCGAAAAUCAGAGUGGCCAUCAAACCACUCAAGCAAAUGCUUCGGUCACACUGACAUUUAAUGGAGAAGAAGUACAGAUAUAUGGCUCCAUCGGACCCAGUGCAUCACCCUUUCUCGUGAAGGUGGACAACGGUACCGUCGGAACUUUCAACGGCACCAGGUCGGAUUUGUUCACUGGUGUCAUGCUGUACGAAACUUCAGAUCUCGGGCCUGGACAGCAUACAGUGACCCUCAUGAACAAACCUAAUGACAUGGCACAAAACCUCUCCAUAGACUACGCGGUGGUCACAGAUAAUACGAAGGAUACGUCUUCUGGUACAUCAGGUUUAAGCAGCGGAGCCAUCGUGGGUGUAGUUGUUGGCGCGGUUGUCGGCCUAGCCGCUGUUGCCUUGAUCAUCUUCUUCUGGCGACGGGGAAAGAAUGCCGAUGAUAGCGAAAGGAACCAUCAAGUGUCGCUGGAUUUGUCUAGUCCUCUUGGUAUCCAUCCGGCCGUGGUGGAGCCAUUCAUAAGCCGUCCAAGCAUGUCUGCUACAGGUCCCAACCCAGAAGGUCUUGCUAUGUCCAGCGCGCGAAAAAAUUCCACGUCUCUGACGAAUCCGUGGUCUUCUGAUCCCUCUUCAUUUUACAGAGCUGGACAUCGCAACCCAAUGGCGGCUCCACUCAUGCUCGUAUCUUCCGUCGGCGAUGACUCACAGCUUCCAACAUCGUCCCAUUCUACGCCAUCGACGUCACAAUCAGAGCCACGUCCAAGGAGAGAUCAGCCUACUGUUCCCCUGGCCUCUGCAAAUCAGUCUAUUCAACAUCUUCCCGCUGAGGUGCUUCGGUCCACACGUAUGUUCGUUGAAGGCAGGGAGCAGGACUUUGGGCCUGCGUUGACGACCGAGGGUGUACUGCCUCCCAAUUAUGAACAGGCAGUGGAACCAUUCCAUCAACGGUCAUAGUAUAUAGUUCUAUUCGUUCAUUUCUUAUUUAUUAUCUUCGUUCGUUAUUUGAUACCUGUGCUCUUAUAUCGCUCAUCUGCAUUGUGCUGCCGACUCCCCUUACGGAAUUAUUUGGGCUCGUUACUGAUGAGGGCGAAAAUUACUGAUUACUGAUUACUACAAGCCAU